AUGUAUGCUGGCGGUGGAGCGAACGAAGGUGAUCAUCACAGCGGUGGCAAUACACCCUUCUCGAGUGCAGCUACAGAAGCUAAUGAUUUAGAUGCACUGGUAUUCGAGUUUGGCACGUCGAAGUGCAAAUUUGGCUACGCAGGUGAGGACUAUCCGCGUGUAUACGAACGACCGAUACCCAACGACGAAGCGCAGGAUACUGUGGAGUUUAAACGACGCCUGAAUCGCAGGUCAGCACAGGCUGAAAGCGACCCAGAAAAACUGGCUCAAUGGUUGUUCGACGCUAGCAGCUCUAGACUACAUACACGUUUAAGUGAACAUCCAUUACUGUUUGUGGAGCGACCUUUCACGCUGCCUGAAGAAGCUACAGGAGAUGCAGGACCAACGCAUAAUGAGCAGGAUGAUGCCGGAUCAAGAUCAAAAGAAACAAAAACAGUACAGGCUAAUAGUGCUAGCAAGAAGAGGGACCUGAAGGCUCGAGAGCAGAUGGUGGAGGUCGUGAUGGAGGAACUGGGUGUGCCUGCUCUCUUCUGCGCUAAGAGCGCUGUCCUCGCUUGCUAUGCCAAUGCUAGGACGAGUGGCCUGGUUGUCGAAAUGGGCGCAACCUAUACUAGUGUCACCUCGGUACAUGAAGGAUACGCUUUUGCGUACCCUAAAAGUCAGGUGACAUUAUUCGGUGGUCAUGAUUUAGACGCAUUUUUAGAAUCUAAAUUGGCUCCACAAAUUGCUAAAACUCGUGAUCUUAGAAUUGCGGCAACGUCGGUGGAGGCAGAAUUGGCCAAGAGAAAGAAACAGCAGUGGUCGUAUGUGAUAGAAGCAAAGGAGAGUGGAUUGUGUCGUGUGGCGGAUGGACCAUUUGAUGAAGUGCAGAAUGCGCAGUUGCCACUAAUUAGUUACGAAUUACCAGACAAGACAAUAGUGUCGCUAGGAACAGAGCGAUUUAGUGUGGCCGAACAUUAUUUUCGAGCAAAACCAUCGUCAAAUGCGACAGACAGUUCGGACAGCAAUCCUUCUGUGCAUUUUGGGCCAGGAAUGAGCCUUCCGGAAUUAAUUUGUGAAACUGGUGGGCUGACAACUGAAACGGAGUUACGAAAAGAGUUAUUUCAAAACCUUGUACUAACUGGAGGGAGCUCAUGUUUUGAAAAUAUGCCGUCGAGAAUCGAACGGGAGGUGGUGACUACGCUCAGCGGAAUGCCACUUCCACUCACGGGAUCGAUCACUAAUGGUCCUCCAAAUGGGUUCACAAGUAGUCUACGUGUAAAGGUUGUGGCAGCCCACGCACAAGAACGUCGAAUAGGUUCUUUCUUAGGUGGUUCGAUUUUAGCGUCUUUGGGAUCUUUUCACGAGAUGUGGAUGUCCAAAGCAGAAUACACGGAGCAUGGGGCUACACUUAUUCACAAAAAGUGCCCGUAA